AUGAACAAGGCAAUAUUGUGUGUGGCUGUGGCUCUGGCUUUGGGUGCCGUACUUGCUCCGGCGUCGGGGGCCGCGGUCACCUGCGAGAUGGUGCAGAACACCCUGAUGCCGUGCCUCAACUACGUGUUUUACGGUGGGGCUGCGGCCCCGCCCAACAACUGCUGCCAGGGCAUAAAGGGGCUUUACAAGCAGGCAAGCGCCACAGCCGACCGCCAGACUGUCUGCUACUGCCUCAAAUCGCUGGCCGGAAGAGCCCCACAGACCGUCAUUGCAAACGCCGCCGCCCUCCCCGGGAAAUGCGGCGUCCCCAUUCCUUACAAGAUCAGCCCCUCCACCGACUGCGCCAAGCUUGACAUAUAA